CCAGCAGGGCCCCGCCACCUGUGCACCGGAUCAGACAUGCAUCCCGGACGCAGCUCCCAGCCGUGGCCCCCCAGCACCGAGCCCUGCCACAGUGCCCCCCAGCCCAUGCCCCCCUGGGCCGGGCCCACGCGCUGGGGAAUCUGCUCAGCUGGCAAGAUCAGCCACGACUUUAUCAUUGCUCUGAAGACCCUCUCUGCCCAGGAGCACACGGUGGUGGCCAUCGCCUCCCGUGAACUCGCCCACGCCCAGGAAUAUGCCCGGAAAAAUGGGAUCCCCCGUGCCUAUGGCAGCUACAAGGAGCUGGCCAGGGAUCCUGAUAUAGACGUGGUGUACGUGGGGGUGAUCAACCCGCAGCACCUGCCUGUGGGGCGGCUGUUCCUGAGGGCCGGCAAGCCCGUGCUGCUGGAGAAGCCCCUGGGUAUGAAUGCAGCAGAGGUGCGGGAGCUGGUGCAGGAGGCACGGGCCAGCAAUGUCUUCCUCAUGGAGGCUUUCUGGACACGGUUCUUCCCAGUGUCGGGGCGGAUCCGGACACUGCUGGCCCAGGGGGCGCUGGGGCAGGUGAAGAUGGUACGGGCAGCAGUGGCCAUCCACAUGAGCAAUGUGCCACGGCUGGUAGAGAAGGACCUGGGUGGUGGUGCCCUGCUUGACCUGGGCUGCUACUGUGUCCAGUUUGCCUGCAUGGUCUUUGGUGGGGAGAAGCCCCAGAGCAUUCUGGCCUCAGGCUUCCUACAUGAGACAGGCGUGGAUGAAACCACCUCCAUCAUCCUGAACUACUCCGGGAAGCGCCAGGCCGUGCUCACAUGCUCCUUCAUGGUGAAUCUUCCCAACCAAGCUGCCAUAGCAGGCACCCAGGGCAUUAUUGAGAUCCCUGACUACAUGUCGAAGCCCACAGACAUGCUGUUCAAUGGGGAGCGCUGGGAGUGCCCCCUGCCACCCCCCUCCCAGCCCCUCAACUUCGAGAGGGACACAGGGCUGCGCUAUGAGGCCCAACAUGUACGGGAGUGCCUACUGCAAGGCCUGAAGGAGAGCCCCAUCAUGUCCCUGGCCGACAGUGAGCUGGUGGCCUCCAUCCUGGAUGAGGUGCGGAAGCAGCUAGGGGUGAAAUACACCCAGGAUCAGAGCAGCUAGGAUCACCCCAGGCUGGUGAGGAAGAGGGGCAGGGACCUUUGGAAUGUGAUGGGGAGACUCCCCAACCCAUAAAAUAAACCUAGCAAAG